AUGAAGGCCAACGGGAAUAGUUAUACGCUGAAGGAUUUCUAUAAAAUGAAAAAGAAGGGAUCUGAUCAUGACAAAAACAGCAACACCAGUAGCGAGAAUGGGAAAGAAGAAAUUCCAAGCGUAUCUUUCUUCACACUAUACCGUUUCUCCUCUAAAAGAGAUAAGUUAUACAUAUUCCUAGCCAUCAUAUCAUCAAUAGUAUGCGGAUGUAUGACUCCAUUAAAUACUCUGUUAUUUUCUUCUUUACUCCAAAGUAUGGUUGACUAUGGCGUAUCAAUAAUAAUUAAUAACCCUCAACCGGACAUCUUUCUGAGUGAUGUGAGGGACUUCGCGAUUAAUAAUAGCGUUAUUGGAGCAAUUGUGGUUUUGUUGUCGUAUAUCGCAACAGUUUUAAUGAACAUUGCAGCUUAUAAUCAAGUAUAUCGAGUUCGUCAGGAGUAUUUGAAAGCUGCAUUAAAUCAAGACUUUGAAUACUUCGAUACACAUCAAACUGGUGAUUUUGCUAGCAAAAUGACUGACGAUGUUGUAAAACUAGAAGAUGGUAUAGGAGAAAAAUUAGCAACUUUUAUUUUCUAUCAGGCUUCUUUUCUUAGUUCUAUUAUAAUGGCACUGAUUAAAGGAUGGAAACUCGCACUUUUGUGUUUAAUCUCCUUCCCAGUAACUCUGUCACUAGUUGGAAUUGCUGCUUUAAUUUCAUCGCGACUAUCUAAAAAGGAGGCUGUGGCUUCAGGAAAGGCAGGUUCUAUAGCAGAAGAGGUUUUGUCAGCUGUAAGAACAGUGUAUGCAUUUAGCGGACAAAAGAAAGAAAUAGAAAGAUAUGAAAAGUAUCUCAAUGAAGCUAAAGGAAUUAAUAUUAAAAAAGGAUUGUUCAACGGGAUUGCAAUGGGGACAUUAUUCUUCUGCAUCUUCUGUGCUUACGCUUUAUCAUUCUGGUUUGGAUAUAGACUUAUGGUAGAGGAGCCUGAGACAUAUGACGUCGAUACUAUGAUGGCCGUACUAUUUGGUGUGUUAAUGGGUUCAGCCAACUUUGGUAUAUCGUCCACCCUGAUGGAUGUAUUCGGAGUCGCUCGUGGGGCUGGAGCACAAAUAUUCCAUCUGAUCGAUAAUGUCCCUCUCAUAAACCCGCUGCUCAAUCGUGGCAUUGUACCCAAUAAUAUUGAGGGGAAGAUUGAAUUGAAAAACGUGGUCUUCCAUUAUCCUUCUAGACCAGACGUUCCAGUACUGAAAGGAGUUAACAUAAGUGUGCAAAAAGGACAAUCAGUUGCCCUCGUCGGCCAUUCUGGCUGCGGUAAAUCCACUAUCAUACAACUGUUAUCAAGAUACUAUGACGUUGUAGACGGCAGCGUACAAAUUGAUGGAAACGACGUAAGACAGUUGUCUGUAAGAUGGUUGAGAUCUCAGAUCGGUUUAGUUGGUCAGGAGCCGGUCCUCUUUAACACGACAGUCAGAGAGAACAUCAGGUAUGGCCGGGAAGACGCUACUGAUGAAGAAAUAGAAAAAGUUGCGAAACAAGCUAACGCUCAUGAAUUUAUCAUGAAGUUACCAUCAGGUUAUGACACAUUAGUCGGAGAACGUGGCGCAUCUCUUUCUGGAGGCCAAAAACAAAGAAUUGCCAUAGCUCGAGCCCUUGUACGGAACCCAAAAAUAUUAUUGUUAGAUGAAGCCACCAGUGCGUUAGAUACAUCCUCAGAGGCCAAAGUGCAAAAGGCCCUAGACAAAGCCCAAGAAGGUAGGACGACGAUUGUUGUCGCUCAUAGGCUCACCACAAUCAGAAAUGUGGACAAAAUAUAUGUGUUUAAAAAAGGCAAUGUCGUUGAAUGUGGUAACCACAACGAGCUUAUGGAGAAAAAGGGCCAUUACUACGAUAUGGUUAUGCUACAAGCAUCACCAGACAUAAAUGAGAAUGAAAAUGUACAGAAAUUGGACCGUACUACAUCUAUUGUCAGUGAAAAGGAUGAAGAUGAGCACUUUGAAACUAUAGUGCAGGAAAAUAACGAAACAACACAGGAAGAGCUCAAUAUAUCAUUUUUACAAGUGAUAAAGUUGAACUUGCCAGAAUGGAGGUCUAUUACAGCAGGUAGCGUUUGUUCGCUUGUUAGCGGUUUCGCGAUGCCCCUUCUUGCGCUCAUAUUAGGAGAUUUCAUUGGCGUCCUUUCUAAUCCUGACAAAGACUGGGUUGAAAAUGAAAUUCGUAAAUAUUCACUAAUUUUUGUGGGAAUUGGUGUCUUUUCAGGAAUUACGAACUUUAUUAUGGUUUUUAUGUACGGUAUAGCAGGUGAACAUCUCACAGCGAGAUUACGAAAAUUAUUAUUUGAGAAAAUGCUUCAUCAAGAAAUUGGAUUCUUCGACGAUAAAAACAAUUCGACGGGAGCUCUUUGUGCACGUCUGUCAGGUGAAGCUGCAGCCGUUCAAGGAGCAACAGGGCAAAGAAUUGGAACAGUUUUGCAAGCCAUUGGUACAUUUAGUUUUGCAUUAGGAGUCUCUCUCUUUUAUGAAUGGCGUUUAGGGCUGGUGGCACUCGCAUUUGUACCAUUUAUGGCAGCUGUUCUUUACAAACAAGGAAGAAUGGUCACUGCCGAGUCUUUUGGAACUGCCAAAACAAUGGAAAAAAGUUCAAAGAUCGCAGUAGAGGCGGUAGCCAAUGUUCGUACAGUUGCUUCACUGGGUCGAGAACAAACCUUCCUAAAAGAUUACGCCACCCAAUUGCUACCGGCUCUAGUAAUCGCAAAGCAAACAUCACACUGGCGAGGAAUUGUUUUUGGGCUCUCUAGAGGUCUUUUCAACUUCAUUUAUGCUGCUACUUUGUUUUAUGGAAGCAAUCUUAUGGUGUACCAAGGGAUUGGGUACGAUGUUGUUCUAAAGUCAGCACAAACUCUAUUGAUGGGUUCCUCAUCAGCAGCUCAAGCCUUUGCUUUUGCACCUAACUUCCAAAAAGGCAUCAAAGCCGCUGGGAGAGUUAUCGUUAUUUUAGGUAGACAGUCAAAAAUUGUUGAUCCAAUAGAGCCUGCAGUGGAAAACUUUGAAGGCACUGGUGAAGCAAGCAUUCAAAAUGUACAAUUCAAAUAUCCAACGAGACCACUUAUACCAGUACUGAAGAACUGCAAUUUAGAAAUUGAGAAUGGCAAAACUAUAGCUCUAGUCGGUUCAAGUGGUUGCGGCAAGAGUACCAUCAUACAACUGUUGGAAAGAUAUUACGAUCCUGACGACGGCAUUGUGGCUCAGAACGGUAUUCCUCUGCCUAAACUUCUCCUCUCCGACGUCAGACAGCCAAUAGGUUUCGUCCAACAAGAACCAAUACUGUUUGAUCGCAGCAUAGGUGAAAAUAUUGCAUAUGGAGAUAAUUCACGACAACCAAGCAUGGAUGAAAUAGUUGAAGCAGCUAAACAAGCCAACAUUCACAAUUUUGUCAUAUCUUUACCGAUGGGUUACGACACAAAUAUAGGCUCAAAAGGUACACAAUUAUCUGGAGGACAAAAACAAAGGGUUGCCAUAGCCAGAGCUUUAAUAAGACGACCAAAAAUGUUGCUACUUGAUGAAGCAACUAGCGCGUUAGACACCGAGAGUGAGAAGGUGGUUCAAGAAGCCCUGGACGCAGCUAAAGCAGGUCGUACGUGUGUCAUGAUCGCUCACCGACUGAGUACAGUUCGUGACGCUGACGUUAUAUGUGUACUCAAUAAUGGAAGUGUCGCUGAAAGCGGUACCCACUCCGAGCUAGUACAACUCAAGGGCCUUUAUUAUAAUUUAAAUAGAAGAGGCUAUGCGUAA